AAGGCAGAUAGGGAACCUACCAGUCAGCAGCCGGGGGAGUCAGAGGCGCAGGUGGACUCAGAAAAACCUCACCCCCCCCCCCAAAAGACUGGGGAGCUGGGAGCCAGGACAGCCCCCUCCCCUCCCUGCAGCCAGCCAUCAGGCAGAUUCCGGUGCAUUCCUGCUGGUUUCUCCGCUCUGGGCUGAAAGCUGCUGUUUCGGCAUCCAUCCUGCUGGAUUCUGUCACCUCUCUCCAGGAGUUGUACCACACUGGCGUCUAACCCUCUGUGGCUGCCAGAGGGCAGUCAAGAGCACUUCAGACGGACAGGCUGCUGACUUCUCAUGACUGAAGGGUUUCAUCCUCCUACUUUUCAGGUGGGAACAACAGCUGGUGGUGACAAUCAUUACUCUCCUCUCUUCAUUUGAGGACUCGUACUGAUUAUCUUUGGACUUCUGCAAACAUCUGUGAAGAACUUUGGCAAGGGGUGAUUGAACCCGCACACUUCAUUCUAUCCUUUUCUCCAGUUGGGACUUUCACUGGCGGUGAUCAUCAGCUCAACCAGCUCUCUUGUGAGUACGAUCUUUUGACUGCUGGAGAUCCUCGCUGCCGUAAAGCCCAGCCAUGACUCCGAUGCAGCGUCUGCUCCAGCUGCCGGUCAGCGCCGUCAACAUGGUGAAGACGGUACAGGGGCCCCCAGAGGAGGCCAAGAGCCCCGUGCUGACGCCGGACAACAACCAGGCCACAUGGUACAGCGCUGUGCAGCCCGACGAGCUCCGUCACCUGCGGCCCACCGGGGAAGGCGAGGAACCACCACCCCAGUCAGAGGAUGGGACGGCUGGGCCCUUGGCCCAGUCGCAGCCACUGCGAAACGACGACUUGAAGGUGAUGCUGGACAGUAAUAAGGAUGCCAUGAAGCUGGAGGCCAUGAAGCGCAUCAUCACGAUGAUGUCCAGGGGCAAGAACGCCUCCGACCUGUUCCCUGCAGUGGUGAAGAACGUGGCCUGCAAGAACAUCGAGGUGAAGAAACUGGUGUACGUGUACCUUGUUCGCUACGCUGAGGAGAAGCAGGACCUGGCUCUGCUAUCCAUCUCUACCUUCCAGAGGGGAUUAAAGGACCCCAACCAGCUGAUCCGGGCCAGCGCCCUGCGAGUCCUCUCCAGUGUCCGGGUCACCAUCAUCGUUCCCAUCAUGAUGCUGGCCAUCAAGGAGGCCGCGUCUGACAUGUCGCCCUACGUGCGCAAGACGGCUGCCCACGCUAUCCCCAAGCUUUAUAGCUUGGACCCGGACCUGAAGGAGCAGUUGAUCGAGGUCAUCGAGAAGCUGCUCGCUGACAAAACGACACUGGUGGCGGGUAGCGUGGUGAUGGCCUUCGAGGAGGUCUGCCCCGACCGCAUCGACCUCAUCCACAAGAACUUUCGCAAGCUGUGCAACCUGCUGGUCGACGUGGAGGAGUGGGGCCAAGUGGUCAUCAUCAACAUGCUCACCCGCUACUCCCGCACGCAAUUCCUCAACCCCAAUGCCAACGACACCCUGAUGGAGGAGACUGAUGAGAAGGUAUUCUAUGCCUCCGAUGAGGAGGACGGCAAAGAUAAUAAGGGAGAGAAUGAAGAAUCUGACCAGAAGGCCCAUGUGAUGGACCCCGACCACAGGCUGCUUCUGCGCAACACCAAACCCUUACUGCAGAGCCGUAAUGCAGCUGUGGUGAUGUCUGUGGCCCAGCUGUACUUCCACCUGGCUCCCAAAGCCGAGGUGGUCGUCAUUGCCAAGGCCCUGGUGCGUCUCCUGAGGAGUCACAGCGAAGUGCAGUUUGUAGUGCUGCAGAACGUGGCGACCAUGACCAUCAAGCGAAAGGGGAUGUUUGAACCUUAUCUCAAGAGCUUCUACAUCCGGUCAACGGAUCCCACUCAGAUCAAAAUCUUGAAGCUGGAAGUGUUGACUAAUUUGGCGAAUGAGACAAACAUCUCGGUAAUCCUGAGGGAAUUUCAGGCAUACAUCACAAGCAUGGACAAGGACUUUGUGGCCGCCAGCAUCCAGGCGAUCGGCCGCUGUGCCACCAACAUCGGCGAGGUCCGGGAACCCUGUCUGAAUGGCCUGGUGCAGCUGAUGUCCAACCGUGAUGAGCUGGUGGUGGCCGAGUCAGUGGUGGUCAUCAAGAAGCUGCUUCAGAUGCAGCCGGAGCAUCACAAUGACAUCAUCAAGCAUAUGGCGAAGCUCACAGACAACAUCCAGGUGCCCAUGGCGCGGGCCAGCAUCCUGUGGCUCAUCGGCGAGUACUGCGAGCACGUGCCCAAGAUUGCCCCGGAUGUGCUGAGAAAGACGGCCAAGACCUUCACCAGCGAGGACGACAUCGUCAAGCUGCAGAUCCUCAAUUUGGCCGCUAAGCUCUACGUGACCAACUCCAAGCAGACGAAACUCCUCACGCAAUAUGUACUGAACCUGGCCAAGUACGACCAGAACUACGACAUCCGCGACCGCGCCCGCUUCAUUCGCCAGCUCGUCGUGCCCACCGAGAAUUGCGGUGCCCUCAGCAAGUAUGCCAAGAAGCUCUUCCUGGCUCUGAAGCCUGCUCCCGUCUUCAGUUCUCCAUUCAAAGAUAGAGAUCAGUACCAGCUAGGCUCUCUCUCCCACCUGCUCAACACCAAAGCUUUCGGCUACCAGGAGCUCCCCGAGUGGCCGGAGGAGGCCCCAGACCCAACCGUGCGCAACGUAGAGCUAGAGGAAACCAUUUCGAACACCGAGGGGCGGAUCGGCCUGCUAGGAGAAUGGCGAGAGGCCCCAGACUGGAGUAAGACUUCAGAAAAGAAAAAGAAGAAGGAGAAAAAGGCAGAGAGAGCGUUCUACUCGGACUCCGAGGGAGAAUAUGGGCCCACAGAGUCAGCCAACAGCGGAUCCAGCAAGGGAUCUGGGUCAGAGUCCGCCAGCAGGAGUGGUAGUGACAGUGAGGACAGUGGUUCUGGAUCUGAGAGUGAGGAGAGCGAGAGGGAAUCAGGGUCUGAGGAAGAAGAAAAGAAGGUGGAGGAGAAGUCCAAAAGAAAACCGGAGAAGGUGAAAUCCAAGAAGGCUGCCCCAGAGAGCGCUGAGAGCGAACAGAGCGACAGAGAGGAGAGGAAGACCGCUAAGAAGAAGAGUAAGGAGCCAAAGAGCGAGUCCGAGUCCGAGUUAGAGGAGAGCUCGUCGGAGAGCAGCGGGUCGGACUCUGACAAGGAGUCAGACACAGAGGCCAAGAGCAAGAAGACCGUGAAGCCCACCUCCUCCAAAGUAUCAGAACACCCUAAGCAAGAAGAGAAACAAGUGUCUCUGCUCGAUCUGGAUGAUUUUGCCCCAAAACCAUCCAAUCAGUCCAGCCCUGUCCACAGCUAUAAGUCCAAUAGCCUCGUAGCAGAUCUAGAAGGUCUCUCCUUGAGUGACUCUGCGCUGCCCCCUCCUACCAUAAGCCUCACACUGGACUCACUGAAGACCCACGUCCUGCUGCACCGGCUCUCGGGCGAGGGCCUGGCCGUGGACUACUGCUUCAGCCGGCAGCCGUUCGGGACAGACCCCCACAUGAUCACUGUGCAGCUGCAGCUCACCAACAACAUGGACGUGGAGGCCCAGUGUCUACACAUCGAGGAGCCCCGGCUGCAGUCCGGCAUGAGGAUCAAGGAGUUCCUCGAGAUCGACGUGCUGCAGCCCGGAAAGACGGUCACCGUGGUGAUGGGCAUCGAUUUCUGCGACUCCACCCAGGCAGCGAACUUCCUGCUCUGCUCCAACACGAGGAAGUUCUCCGUGUCAAUCCAGCCCCCUGUAGGAGAGCUGCUGAUGCCGUCCUUCAUUACAGAGCACGACUUCAAGAAAAGGCAAGGUCAGCUGGCGGGCAUGAAUGAGAUUAAGGAGAGUCUGACGCUGAGCAAGAGCUGCAAGGGCGACCUCACCAUCAUGCAGAGGGUCACUUCCGUCGCCAACCUGGGUCGGGUGUCCACUGCGUCCGACAAGGGAUCCAGGUUCGCAGGGAAGACAGUGUCCAGUGGCAGUCUGGUCCUGGUAACUGUGGAAACAAAGACUACCCGGGGUGCCCAGCUGACAAUCAACAGUGAGAAGAUGGUGAUUGGUGCCAUGCUGGUGAAGGACGUUCUCCAAGCCCUAUCACAGUGAAGGACUGCUUGAUAGCUGCCCUACCUCCUUCACAUUCCAUCCACAAUCUCCUCAAACCACUGUCACAAUCAUGUCACAAUAUGAACCCACUUCCCACACAAUAAUAAAUGAUUGACAUUUUCAACAACCAAUCAGAACCUCUAAAAAGCUUGAUAAACGACUGUGUUUAAACAAAAGGCCCGGGUGACGUGGAGCGUGUGGGUAUAACAAUGCAUUUAUGACAAUGCAUAGACUCAUUGAGAUUUGACCAAAGUUUACUGUCAUCAGGGGGAGCAUAUCAUUUUGGGCCCCCAACCCAGACCAAUCUAAUUACCGGUAUGUUCUAAAUUUAUUAGGAUCCCUUUCAAUCAGGGGCCCUUGGAAUCGUCCCAACCCCCCCCCCCCCCCCCCACCUUACAAAGCCCCUGACUGUCACACUUCAUUUAAUUAUUGUUACAGUAAUCAUACAUGUACAUGGAAACAAUAUGGCAAUAUCAGUUUUGUCCACAACUAAGGAACAUAGUGCACUGGGUGCCAUUACUAUGUACUAAAGGAUUGAUUAUCCUUAUUCACACAUGUCACUGUACAAAAUUCAGAACGACACAGUAUGUCACCAGUACUCAGAAUGAUAGUGCAUAGUAUAAUACUAUACCUGAAUCUCAUAAGUGCAUAGGUUGUUUUAAAUAGAAUAGACAGUAUGAUAUUUUACAAAAUGUCUGGAUCCUGAGCCCAGCCCCACCCACUCCAUUCUGCAGCACACAUGCUAAUCAGUUGUACCUUUAAAAAGCUGAAUAAUCUGGAACAAUGAUAAACACAUUCAUCUUGCAGACAUUUAAAAUGCAAGAGUUGUAUUACAUUUAAAGACACUCAAAAACAAUAUAAUUUCCUUGACCCUUAAAUACCUGGUUAAUUGUAAUUAUUAAAGGGGUUGGAAUAUUCUGAGUCCUCACUCAUUACGUGAUCUUCACUGCAUCCUUUGACAUCUGCAUCUUCUCUUCCUUCUGGCCUGAAAGAAUCGGGGCAUAAGAGGUGUAUAGUCAUUCCAGUUAUAGGAGGGCUAGUUCACAGGAACGUCUGACCACGCCCAUCCGGCUUGAAGUGCGUCUGCCUUUAUGUUGCACGGUUUGGUUGCCCUUUGCUUGCCGAGCGUAAAUUCAGUCCAGUCUGUUUUUCUCUGUCCCAUCUUUUUCCCAGUCUGGUGACCUAGUGCGCACCGUUGCAGUGACAUCGAUAAGUGUGUGGAGCGUGCAUUGUUAAUUGCUAUUUAUUUUGCAAAACAUUGUGUUAGUAUGAAACGAAUGGGUUUGAAAAACACAAAUAAAGAGUUAGUCUCACCAAAAGACGUUUGCAAUUAAAACCUGUUUGGUAUUAAACCCUCUAUAACCCA